CCAGAAGAUAGCGCAAGUUCCCCUCGUCCAAUAGGAACUCCCCAUGUAGCGGGGCGCGGAGCCCGGCUCUGGGAACUCAAGAUGGCGGACGAGAGUGAGACAGCAGUGAAGCCGCCGGCACCUCCGCCGCCGCAGAUGAUGGAAGGGAACGGAAACGGCCAUGAACACUGCAGCGAUUGCGAGAACGAGGAGGACAACAGCUACAACCGGGGUGGUUUGAGUCCAGCCAAUGACACCGGAGCCAAAAAGAAGAAAAAGAAACAAAAAAAGAAGAAAGAAAAAGGCAGUGAGACCGAUUCAGCCCAGGAUCAGCCUGUGAAGAUGAACUCUUUGCCAGCAGAGAGGAUCCAGGAAAUACAGAAGGCUAUUGAACUGUUCUCAGUGGGCCAGGGGCCUGCCAAAACCAUGGAGGAGGCUAGCAAGCGAAGCUACCAGUUCUGGGAUACACAGCCCGUCCCCAAACUGGGAGAGGUGGUGAACACCCAUGGCCCUGUGGAGCCUGACAAAGACAACAUCCGCCAGGAGCCCUACACCCUGCCCCAGGGCUUCACCUGGGACGCCUUGGACCUGGGGGACCGUGGUGUGCUGAAAGAACUGUACACCCUCCUGAAUGAGAAUUAUGUGGAAGAUGAUGACAACAUGUUCCGAUUUGAUUAUUCCCCAGAAUUUCUUUUGUGGGCUCUCCGGCCGCCCGGCUGGCUUCCCCAGUGGCACUGCGGGGUUCGAGUGGUCUCAAGUCGGAAACUGGUUGGGUUCAUCAGUGCCAUCCCAGCAAUCAUCCAUAUCUAUGACACAGAGAAGAAGAUGGUGGAGAUCAACUUCUUAUGUGUCCACAAGAAGCUGCGCUCCAAGAGGGUGGCUCCAGUCCUGAUCCGGGAGAUAACUCGGCGGGUUCACCUGGAGGGCAUUUUCCAAGCUGUUUACACUGCUGGGGUAGUACUACCAAAGCCUGUUGGCACCUGCAGGUAUUGGCAUCGGUCGCUAAACCCUCGGAAGCUGAUUGAAGUGAAGUUCUCCCACCUGAGCAGAAAUAUGACCAUGCAGCGUACCAUGAAGCUCUACCGACUGCCAGAGACUCCCAAGACAGCUGGGUUGCGACCAAUGCAGAAGAAGGACAUUCCAGUAGUGCACCAACUCUUCACCAGGUACUUGAAGCAGUUCCACCUCACACCAGUCAUGAGCCAGGAGGAGGUAGAGCACUGGUUCUACCCCCAGGAGAAUAUCAUCGACACUUUUGUGGUGGAGAACGCAAACGGUGAGGUGACGGACUUCCUGAGCUUUUACACCCUUCCCUCCACCAUCAUGAACCAUCCAACCCACAAGAGUCUAAAAGCCGCUUAUUCUUUCUACAACGUUCACACCCAGACCCCUCUUCUAGACCUCAUGAGUGACGCCCUUGUUCUCGCCAAAACGAAAGGGUUUGACGUGUUCAAUGCACUGGAUCUCAUGGAGAACAAAACCUUCCUGGAGAAGCUCAAGUUCGGCAUAGGGGAUGGCAACCUGCAGUAUUAUCUUUACAAUUGGAAGUGCCCCAGCAUGGGGGCAGAGAAGGUUGGACUGGUGUUACAGUAACCAGUCGCCAGUGAAAUUCUGGAUAAAGCCACUGAGAAUUCAAACCAGGAAAUGGAACCCCACCACUUGUUGGUCUGAUUUUCACAAACGUGAGAAUCCCUGGCAAAGGGAACAGAACUGAACUGGCUUUACCAAACGCCAUUGAAUUUGACAAUUGUAUUGCGAUGGCAUAGGCUGCGUGAUGUCACCUCUGGCCGUGUCUUUGGUCUCUGUUUUCCAAUUAACCACAUCUUCAUGCAGCCGUGAUCAAGGGAAUGUAACUGCUGAAAACUAGCUUGUGAUUGGCAUAUUAUGGAAUUAACGGGUGAAUAAUAAAAAUAUAUAUAUUAUAUAUAUAUAAAUAUUUUAAAUAUCAUUCAUGUUCCAAAUGUACAAGGAUAUUUGGUCUCUAAUGAAAAGCUGUAUCCAGAUCAUUCCUCAAAAUUAGAACCCAAGAACAGUGCCAGAAGGACACAUAUUGAUACAGGAAUUGUUUGCUUCUGGAAGCAGGCAGCGACUUCUCUUGGGGGAGCAGCAGAAAGAGGAUCUGGGGAAUCUUAGGCAGUUCCCCUUCUGAAUUGGCUGGAAUGAUUGGCUUUGUGAAGGAAGGGGAAGGCACAGGGACUCUACCAGGCUUUGGGGAGGGCUCCGAUCUCUCAGAACAGCAGGUCGACCUCCUGGAUGGCUGACCCACAAUCAGGGCGUUCCUGAAGGGUCCAAAGCUUUUUGCGUUUGAGACUGGGCAGCAGGGAAGAUCAGUGGAAGCAGAUUUCAUACAUCAAGUCCCUUCUGCCAUCCCCUUGGCCUGCUCCCUGUGGGAAGUCAUCCUACUGACCAAUUUAAAAGGGCUUUUUAGCCAGCAGUUGCCAGCUUUAUUGGGAUGAGUCCCCUGUGAGAUUUGGCUUUCCCACUGCCUGGGGUGACUGGCAGUUUGAAGGGGAUCUUGGAGCUCCUUGUAGCAUCUGGGACCUUGUGGAGACCAUAGUAGUGCAAGCCCUGCUUGGUGAGCUCAUCAGGAGAGCAGAGGCAGCACCCUGGUUGGAUGGGUGGCUGGGCAGGCAUGGCAUGGGGCCUGUACCCGGCCUGGGCCUUCCAACUGUUGUCAGCUCAUUAGCCACUGCUUGUGCUUUUUUCCAAGACAGACAGCCAGCAAGUGGUGGCAGGGAGUGGUGAGUAGAGGAAGAUCUAGACUUGGCUGCAGAAAUUAUUUCACAUCGCCACUGAUGAUGCUUUGUGGAUGGUGGUGGUGGUGGUGGUUAGUGAUGCUGCCAGUUUUCCAAAGCAUAAUUGAGCCUCUGGGCACAUGGCUUGUCCACGUAGGCAGUUCUUGGUUGUGCUCCGCCAAGUGGCUUGGGGAGAACCAGGCUGUGCAGUUGUCAGCCACCCCCUUCCAGGCUUGCACGUAACUUUAGGAAGACGUAAGUGGACGGAUAAUGUGAUGUGUGGGGUUUCCUUGCUGCUUUCAUUCUCGGUUCUUUUAGGCGGAAUGAAGCCUUAGCCAGGAGUUAGGCUCAGCCUGGUCCCACUAACUGAAGUCACUCUCUGCAGGAACAGGGGUUUGUUUUCAGGCUGUGGGUUUGGGCUGAGAUGUGCCACAGGCUAAUUCUGCAGAGUCCUCAAAGCUGGAGGGAAUCGUGUGCUUGGGAUGGGGGCUGCACCACCUACCGGAAUGCUUCCUGCCCUCCGUAGACUGCACUGGAGCCAUCGACUCCACGUACUGGAUUUUCAUUAGAGGUGUCAGGGGACCCCCCACUCCCUGUUGUUCAUGGCUGACCUUUGACUCCAAGAACCCAGACCAAAGAAGCUGCUGUUCUUAGCAAGGUGUACACCGCAUUCUGCAGACAAGAAGUUGGAGAGGCAAGGGCCUGCAUCCACAGCCUGACUGACAUCGGACAUAGCCCCCCAAGUGCCAGAGCAGCUCACCUGUCCAGAUCUGCAAGGAUAUCAAAGAACAGAGUACUCAACUCUUUCCUCCCUUGGGCGGGAGCUGGAACCUUGAAAGGCUUGCUGUCCUAGUCUUGGUCCACUCUGGGUCAGGUCGCAGCCCGAGCUGCUUCUGUGGGAUUUGGGGUGUUCAGUAGCCUCUCUGGAGUGUGCUUUGCCUCGGUUGACCCAGGUCAUGGAAUGGAAAUACCAAGACUCGGGUGGCUGCUUGGGAAGAAACAGAUCUCCUGGUAGAGGCCCAGUGUCUCCUCCAAAACUAUGUGGACUGCCCCUUGGACUCUGCCGGUGUCUCAUGAUGGGGACGCUGCCUGGCCCUCAGCAGCACUGCCCAGGUUUGCAGAAGUCAGCUCAGUGCCUGCUGUUGUCCAGACAACCCCUGGGUUCUUCACUCAGCCCCUUCCAGGACUUCGGGUCACAGUGCUCAGGGAGAACAAUUGCUUGAGGUAUAGGGUCUCAGCCAAGGAGCGUUGCAGUCGGGUGGUGCCAUGGCUGACAUGAACCAAACAAAGAAAGGACCCAGGGCCUCCAGGCUCAUGACUCUGGGACCGGCGGCCUCAGGCAGCUACUGCUGGAGGGCCUUCCUGAACUUGGCGCUCAUUCCCCACCACCCAAUAUUCCUGCUAGCAGUGGGCUUUUGGACUCUCACUGAUGACAGUUACCUCCUGCCUUUGGAUUGACUCUGCAUUUGACCACUGUCCCCAUGGCACACGCCCACCAUCGUCUCUGUGAGGGAGAGUGCUGGGGAGAAAUGAGCCUCUGCUCCAGAUUGAGGGCGACACUGGCCUCGUUUCCCCCACCAAAUGCCUGUUUCUGAAGACUUUGAUGAUGUUUGGAGGCUGGCCUACACCAAGCCACUUCAGCGCCCAGGUUUAUGGAAAAUUUCAGGCCUGGCCUGCUACUCCCUUCUAAUUGCCCUAGCCCCUCUUACCUGCUGACUGGAGCCCAGAGGUGGUGUCCCUGUAGUCUUGAAUUCUUUCCCAAAAGAUGACCAGCAUUUAACCAACCUAAGGGAUGGCCCCAACAGCCUGGGACAGCUUCCCCGAGCUGUGGUCUAGGAGAGCAAGAGGGGCUGACCGUGAGGCUGGGGAAGAGGGGCAGGAGCGGUUUGCUGGUCACUGCCUCCCAUUAGGGGCUGCCUUCCUGUGGCCUGGCCCACCUGGCCAGAGUGGGAAGAGACUCGAGACUUCAGUUUUACCCUCCUGCACAGUGAAGGCAGGUCUGCAAACAGACUGCCCCUGGGGACUGGUUCAUUCAGGUCAAUUCAAAAUUGACUGGCAGGCAGGUGCCACAUCUGGGAAUGGGGAAGGGGGCCGCUUCACCUUUUUGUCUUGGCUUUUCUUUGGGCUGUGGGAGGGGCGUCCAUUUCCAGGGUGGGGGAGGAAACACCAAAUACAUUGUUGUUCUGCUCGAUACAUCUCACUUGUUUCUAAUAAAGGAAGCAGCUGAACAAA